GGCCCCAUGUGAGCGGAUUGCAACACAUGCAGCUGCCUGGAGAGAGGGAGCCGGUGUCCUACGUCAGAGCCGCCGCCGCGGAGCCGCCGCCGGGGAGGAGCAGCCGCUGCCGCCCAGGACUGGGCCCUUAGGGAGGAGGAGGCGAGAAGAUGGCGGACGACCCCAGUGCUGCGGACAGGAACGUGGAGAUCUGGAAGAUCAAGAAGCUGAUUAAGAGCUUGGAGGCGGCCCGCGGCAAUGGCACAAGCAUGAUAUCAUUGAUCAUUCCUCCCAAAGACCAGAUAUCGCGAGUGGCAAAAAUGUUAGCAGAUGAGUUUGGAACUGCAUCUAACAUUAAGUCACGAGUAAACCGCCUUUCAGUCCUGGGAGCCAUUACAUCUGUACAACAAAGACUCAAACUUUAUAACAAAGUACCUCCAAAUGGCCUGGUUGUUUACUGUGGUACAAUUGUAACAGAAGAAGGAAAGGAAAAGAAAGUCAACAUUGACUUUGAACCUUUCAAACCAAUUAAUACAUCAUUGUAUUUGUGUGACAACAAAUUCCAUACAGAGGCUCUUACAGCACUACUUUCAGACGAUAGCAAGUUUGGCUUCAUUGUAAUAGAUGGUAGUGGUGCACUUUUUGGCACACUCCAAGGAAACACAAGAGAAGUCCUGCACAAAUUCACUGUGGAUCUCCCAAAGAAACAUGGUAGAGGAGGUCAGUCAGCCUUGCGUUUUGCCCGUUUAAGAAUGGAAAAACGACAUAACUAUGUUCGGAAAGUAGCUGAGACUGCUGUGCAGCUGUUCAUUUCUGGGGACAAAGUGAAUGUGGCUGGUCUCGUUUUAGCUGGAUCGGCUGACUUUAAAACUGAACUAAGUCAAUCUGAUAUGUUUGAUCAGAGGUUGCAAUCAAAAGUUUUAAAAUUAGUUGAUAUAUCCUAUGGUGGUGAAAAUGGAUUCAACCAAGCUAUUGAGUUAUCUACUGAAGUCCUCUCCAACGUGAAAUUUAUUCAAGAGAAGAAAUUAAUAGGACGAUACUUUGAUGAAAUCAGCCAGGACACGGGCAAGUACUGUUUUGGAGUUGAAGAUACACUAAAGGCUUUAGAAAUGGGAGCUGUAGAAAUUCUAAUAGUCUAUGAAAAUCUUGAUAUAAUGAGAUACGUUCUUCAUUGCCAAGGCACAGAAGAGGAGAAAAUUCUCUAUCUAACUCCAGAACAAGAGAAGGAUAAAUCUCAUUUCACAGACAAAGAGACAGGACAAGAACAUGAGCUAAUUGAGAGCAUGCCCCUGCUGGAAUGGUUUGCUAACAACUAUAAAAAAUUUGGAGCUACAUUGGAAAUUGUCACAGAUAAAUCACAAGAAGGAUCCCAAUUUGUGAAAGGAUUUGGUGGAAUUGGAGGUAUCUUGCGGUACCGAGUAGAUUUCCAGGGAAUGGAAUACCAAGGAGGAGACGAUGAAUUUUUUGACCUUGAUGACUACUAGGUAGUCGACAUGGGUCCGGCAAAAUGUGCCUCACCCUCCAGCAUCCAACCCAAGGAGCAUACCCGUGGUGGAAUCCAAACAGAUCCCUGCCUUACAAUUGGAACAUUUCCAGAACUUAAUCCAUGAGCAUUGGAUAUUGAAAAGAAAACCGAAACAAAACCAGACCCAACCCUACACUUUGGUUUGUCAUGGUGUCAGCGCAGCAGCUACAACUAAAUCCUAAAUGCCACUUUGGACUAAUUUAAACAAGAAUCCCAGUUUUUACUUUUACUCGAUGGUGAAAUUGGUUGCUCUUGUAUUUUAUGGGAAAAAAUGAUUUUUUUAACCUUCAUACAUAGAAGCAAAAAUACCUUAACUGCUGUAAACCUUCAAAAGUUAAUAGAAAUGAGAUCAUACUGGUUUGUUUCUUAUUUUGAUUGGAAAAAAAUUAAAUUGCUGCAUUUCGCAGUGACCCAUUUACAUGGCAUUCUCAGCUUAGACUGCAUAAGAAGAAAUAUAUGUGGUGAAAUGUUGGAACCAUUUCUCUCUUGGUCUCUUGUUUAAUGUUGUGAAAGGGUGAGCUAAUAGGCGAUUUCAGUUUCUCUCCCUCACACUACCCCUCCCACCUCCAGACUGUCAGUUUUAAGGAUGCAAAUUGCAUUGUAAAGUCAAGCUGACACAUGAAGCAUUUAAGCCAGUGCACUGUUUACUUCCAUCUGUUUUGCAGACGCAUUUGUGCGGGGGGGUUGGGAGCCUUUAGCAUCAGUUAGUUUGAUAAGGGUAUCCCAGGAUCUUAGCCUACUAGAAACCAAUUUGGGCUGGACAUGAUGGGGCUUCUGUGCUAUUGCUGGGAUUGGGAGAAAUAAAACAUGCAAUUUAAGUGGAAGCAAAGAAA